ACGAGAGAUAGACCUCUUUCGAUCGGAGAAAAAAUAAAAUAAAAAAAUAAAAAAGAAACGUCGAAACGUUGACUCCUCCAUCAAUUGGCCUGAUCGUCGAUUUUCGCAUCGCUCCUCAGACACAAACGGCACAUCGGCUGCCAAGUCUUCAAAGCAUUAACAGCUUAUCAUAGUAGCUUGAAAAAGACUCCACCAUGAUUUAGAAUUUGGUAUCACCAAAAAUAUCUCUGGAGUCGCAGGGCGGAGAGAGGACCUCUCACAGCCUAUUACAGGGCUAUAAUCUCCACUCCUGUCAGAGUUGAUCCUCACACUCAGCCAACUCCACGCUAUGUGCAGACAUCAGAUUUUGGGUAACCAAAUCAUGACCGGAGUGCUACCUCAAGCAUUGAGUUGUGGGAUGUCCCCUGAUGCUCCUCUUGCUCGCAGGGACCACUUUCAAGGUUUCCUCCCCAGAAUGAUACUCUGUUAUAGUAGGCGGUUUACAAACUGACUCGCCUGCCAAGGUCCCCUGGUCAAGAUCAAAGCGUUCUACCAUCUAUUGGUUUAGCUUACCAACCUAAACCAUGUCGUGGACUUGGUGACCACGAGGGCAGAGCCUGCCAAGGCGUGGUUUGUGCUAUGUCCGACCUGUGUUUGUCCCAAGGGGGGGUUUUUUUUCUCUUUGGAGCAAGUUGAUCUUCAGUUAAAGAAUACCCACCUCCCCCACGAGAUCAACACCGGGCCUCUGGCUUUCAUAUCCAGCCCAGUUAUCCUACUGACCGAGAUGGAUUUGCGGCCAGCUUUGACUAGUCGCUACCAUCGCCUUGAGGAAAAAUGACGGCGCACGAACAACAAAUCAGGGCUGCAACUUUAGCUGGUAGCUUGCUAUCAUGCCUGGCGACAUCUGCUGUGCUGCUCUCCUUUGCGGCUUACAGCAAGGAGCAGCGCACGUUUCGCCAUAUUCUGAUAUUUAAUCUGACCUUGUCUGAUGCCAAGUCCAGAACUGACAACAGCCGUCCAGAGUUCAUCAACUCCCUCAACAACUCCAUCUCGGGCAUAAUCAGUAUUCGAGACACGGAGCUCGAGCCUGGGGUUGCGUGUACCGUGAACGGUUUCAUAGGUCAACUGUCCGUGCAGGCCGCCGACUUCAGCAUAUUAGCCAUAGCCAUCGUCACCCUUCUUACCGUCACCCGCCGCGCCUUCCUUCCUGCCGCUUCAAAUACCAAGAAGACCUUUCUCGCCAUGUCCAUCUGGAUUGUGCCCAUCUUCACCAGCACUUUUGCCACGGCGCAGGGCGCCAUGGGGCCCGUUGCCGGCAACUGGUGCUGGAUCAUGGCCUCAAGGCCCGAUCUGCGGUACGCCCUCACGCAUGGCUGGAGGAUCUUGAUAAUAUUCGUCACCAUUAUCAUCUACGGGUAUAUUUGGUGGUUCAUGAGCCGUCACUUCCACAGCAUGGUUCAGAUCCAACGCACGGGUUUGACCGAUGAUUCGACCGCCAAUUCUUCCACCGGCGGCACCACACUGUCUGGUGGCACCGUGUCGUCCAUCGGCAACACGACCACGAUUGGAUCAACAUCAAAAAAGUCCAUGAUGGUCAAAUCGCCGCCGCCGCCACCACCACCACCACCACCACCUGGCAAGAAGAAGGGAGUGAGCUGGACGCAAAGCAUACGAAGCGUCAGCAGCGUACGAAGUGGACCCAAGCACAAGGUGGAGGACGACGAAGAGGUUCAGGCGCUGCCGGACGGCGCGGCUUUCCCCGAGACAAAGGAGACUAUGGAAAGGGAGCUGGAGCUCUUCGACUCCAGGCCGCGGGCCCCUGCCAUUCGACUUGAGAAGCCGCCGCCGUCACGCAAGGGAUCACAAGGCAACGGGCAUGGAUUCGGGUUGUCAUAUCUUCGCGAUGAGGACAAGGGCAUGCUCUCACCGCCGGCGGUCAAAACACCAAACAACCAAGAAGAAUCAGACAUUGUUCAGCUUACUCAGCCUGUCGUCCCGAGGAAAUCAGGAAUUGUCUCGUGGCAGCUCCCCGAUAUACCACCGAGUCCCAAGGGCUCGUGGCGCCACAAUUUUAAGAGCUUUGGCGUACAUGGCAGCCCCUCGCGCAGCCCCUCGCGUAGCCCCAUGGCAAGCCCCGUCCCGAUGCUGCCAAUCUCCCGAACGCCCCAAGCCCGCGGUGGCAAGAUAGAAAGAUCGGAACAGAGUCCCCGCUGGGAGCCGCCGUGGCGCGACAACAACAACAACAACAGCAACAACACCACUACUACCAACAACAACACCGAAAGCCCUCGCCCGGGGCGAAUCCUCUCCAUAUGGCCGCUGUCUGGCCCGCGGAGCGAGGGCAGCAGGAUGUCGAGCCCUUUCCGGCGGCCCCAGUCACGACUGCCCGUCACGCUCGUGACCAACGCGAGCGAGUUCCCGAUGCGCCGGCGGACGCGCCAGGUGGAGAAGGAGAUCAAGCGCAUGAUGCUACUCAACGCCUAUCCCAUCUUUUACGUCCUGCUCUCGAUCCCAGGCCUGAUGAACCGCCUGUUCGAGGCGACCGGCACCCACCUGCCGAGCGACACAGCCCAGGCCCUGCAGGCGCCCGUGCAAUUCAUCGGCCUGGCCAAUGCGCUGACGUACGGCUUCAACAAGCAUGUCAGGCACCGCAUCAAGGGUGACUGGCGUGCACUGCGUGGACGUGCGCCGUGA